GAAUUGAAUCGACAAUCUGUCUUCCUUCAUUCUCUGCUUGCUCCUCAUAGCCUGCCGCAGCCAAGCGCCAAUCCCACCGCCACGGCCCAAGCUUCACUCCUGUCGCCGUUAAUUCCACCGUCACGGUCUCGACUUCACUCCUUGCAGAGACGCCGCCCAUCUGCCACCGCCCGACCCUUGGCUACGGCCGCUAACCUCGUUGGUAAGGGUUUUCUUUCUGAUUCUACUUCCCGAUGUAAUUUAGUUAGGGUUUCAAUCAUAAUGGAGGGUCAAGAAAUGAAGAAAAGAAAGACUAUCAAUUCAUUUUUUAAGCCAAAAGAGCAUAUGUCGACAAGUCGAGAUCGUCCUUCA